CACAUUGUGUCCUCUAACUGUUUUGCGUGGUGUUGUGAAAGCAGAGUUUUAACAAGCAAGAUGGAAACCAAGGUGACAUCUGAGCCCAGAUCCAAUGGUGUGACGAAUGGUGGUGCAAGAAUUGUUGUGGAAGACGAUGAGGAAGUGCUCAGCCCCACCGACCUGUCUGAGAUGUUAGCCGAGGGGACCAAGGAGUCCCACGACAGAGCGGAGAACUGCCAGUUCGUUAAAGAUUUCCUCCGUGGCCGCAUCAAGCGGGAGCUGUUUAAGAGAGGCACAGCAGCUCUAUACUUUGUCUACUCAGCCAUGGAGGAGGAGAUCGAAAAGAACAAAGACCAUCCUGACAUCGCCCCAAUCUAUUUCCCCGCAGAGCUGCACCGGCGUGAAGCCUUGGCACGGGACCUUGAGUACUUCUAUGGAGAGGAAUGGGAGAGCCAGAUCAGCCUCUCUGCAGGCACUAAGCCUUACGUGGACCGCAUCCACGAGGUGGGACAGAAGGACCCGGUGCUGCUGGUGGCCCACUCCUACACCCGCUACAUGGGUGACCUCUCAGGCGGACAGAUCCUCAAGAAAGUGGCCCAGAGGGCUCUGAAGCUCCCCUCGACAGGCGAGGGUCUCAACUUCUACCAGUUUGAGAGCAUCCACAGUCACAAGGGCUUCAAGCAGCUUUACCGAAGCAGGAUGAAUGAGCUGGAACUGGACGCUGAGACCAAAGAGAAGAUUGUAGAUGAGUCCAACCGGGCCUUUGGCUUUAACAUGAUGGUAUUUACAGAGCUCGAAGAGAUUGGGAAGACCAUCAAAGAAGAAUUCCAAGAUGCAGGACUUGGACACAGUCAUGCAGAGAUCAUGGAAGGAGGUGAUAUCAACAAGUGCCCCUACUAUGCAGCAAAAAUGGCUGCAAGUGGAAAUCCCGUCUACGCCUGCCAGUUAGCCAUGACACUUCUCAGACAUCCACCCUGUCAGGUGGCUUUGGCCGCCUGGGUGGCCAUCCUUGCUGGUUUCACAGCCUGGUACCUUCUGUGAGCUCUGACAUCCCCCUCACUUUGAAUCAUGUGCAAUCUGACAGUAGCAAACAAUAUAGCCGGAAGUGAACAUUUGAAAUAAUGUUACAGCUCAGGUACAGUAUUUAUUUUAUGUUUCCUAAUUUAUUACACUCUGUGGAACAUACGACUGUAUGCCUCUGACAGUGCGUUGAUGCAAUUCUAGAGCAACAAUGAAGAGUCAACAGAAACUUCAAGAUGCAUUUGCUUGGUAUGCUUUUUUUAGAGGUAAUAUGUGUACAGGGUUUAUGUCAUCGCAUAGAGACAUUUAAUGCACACUCCCCAAAUGGUUUUAAAGUGCGGGUGAAGCAAAAAAUAAAUAAGUUUUAAGUUUGUCACAACACAGAAAAAUGUGCCCACUACCCAGCCAAAUCUGACUGAUUAAAAAAAAUCACCAAGUAUAUAAAAUUAGGUUGCAAAGUUGUGAAAAAAUAUGCAGUUUACUCUGCUCUGACACUCUGGGGCAUGUCAGCUGAAGGACUUGAAAUGAUGAACCAGCCGCUGUGCAUGGAGCAGACUGUUGUUAGCAGCUAACUCAGUAGUACAGUCCCGUACAACUCCAUGCCAAAGAACGAGCAACCACGCAGUGACAGCCUUUUAUGUAGCAGCUAAUGUUAGCACAAAGCACACACCCACAGCAGUGAGCAGUAACUGCUGGGCUGGAUAGCUGAUACAGUCUGAAAGAAAAAGGGUACGAUAGUUACGUUUUUUUUUUGCUAGUGUUUAUGUGAUUGUGGCAUUUAACAGUUGUUUAUUUAUGUAUUAAUAAGAUUGAACAUGCUAAGAGAACUCGCAAAAUGUAGCAAACUCGCCACUCACACACACCCGAUGUUAAGCGCUCUAACGGUAUUUUGGAGGGGGUUAUGUAAGGGUUGGCUCCUGUGCAUCAUUGAGCCAUGAUUUCAGGCCCAGUGGAAAAAUCCUGAACACAAAAAUGGUGAAAAACAGUCUAACUCCACAAUACGGUACUUCACGGUUCCCAGUCUUUUCACAUGUUUUCAACGAAUAUCUUCUUACAUGUAUAAUGUGUUUAGAAAGAAACCUUCCGGGCCUGAAUGUAUUAAAUAAUGAAAGUGGGUCAUGUCAUGUUGAAUAUUUAUUGUUGUUGAAGAUACACUGAUGUACAACUGUUGCCUACAUUCUGUCAUGCUUGUAAUCAUGGUGGUUCAGGUGUUUCUGAUUCGGAAUAAAAAUACGGCCAGUAAAUAAUUAUAAAUCGCAUCAAGUCAUCUCUAAAAAACAUUUGCAUUCUGUGUCUUUCCACUUCUGCUCCUGUGCAUUCAGGGAACGUUAAAAGGUGAACAUAAAAGUCAGCACACUCUAAAGACAAAGCUAGAAUCAAGUUACAUUAUGGUUGCAGGGUAGCUGCAAAAUGAUUUGCGUUACCUAAUAACAUCAGUGUAAAACUGUCAAAAACUAAAUUCCAUUCUGAAAUGAAUUGUAACCAGCGGCCACUGGAGCAUUAGAGAAAUACAUUACAUCUCUGCAGCUGUACAGUGUACAUAUGAAAAUGUACAGCAGAAACACGAAGUGUAGAAAUUGUAUUUUAUGAGCAUAAGUUGGUUCCUUGAGGUGUCCGGCUGCUUGUGUAUCUGCACACUGGUUGU